CCUGGCACGAGCCACAGUAUACUUGGGGCACAUUGCUGGGGACUGGCAGUUCUGUGGCCCCGGGCUGCUGCUGGGUAGUUUUUCUGUGUGGUCCCACCAAGGUGCUCACUAAUCAAGGUGUUUUUUUGCUGGCUGCAGAUCUGAGAGUCUCGGCCGUUUCGUCGCGUGGAUCCCGUUUACUGUGGAUGUUGGGUUGCGUUUCUUUCUAUAGACGAAGCCAGGACUGUAGGUUCCCAUGGUGAAUGCAUCGUGAGGGGCCCCUGCUUCGGACUUAAUGAGCGGAGGGACACAAGCUACCGGUGCGCCCAUCGCUUGAUGAUGCUGCUCAAGGAGUACAGGAUCUGUAUGCCCCUAACCGUGGAGGAGUACAGAAUCGGGCAGCUCUACAUGAUCAGCAAGCACAGCCAUGAGCAGAGCGAGAGAGGGGAAGGAGUAGAGGUGAUGCAGAACGAGCCCUAUGAGGAUCCGGUACAUGGACAGGGCCAGCUGACUGAGAAGAGAGUCUAUCUGAACAGCAAAUUGCCAAGCUGGGCACGUGCUGUGGUCCCCAAGAUCUUCUAUGUGACAGAAAAGGCAUGGAACUAUUAUCCCUACACAAUCACAGAAUAUACGUGCUCUUUCUUGCCGAAAUUCUCCAUCCAUAUAGAGACCAAAUAUGAAGAUAACAAGGGAAGCAAUGACAAUAUCUUUGAGAGGGAAGCCAAGGACACUGAGAGGGAAAUCUGCUUCAUAGAUAUUGCAUACGAUGAGAUCCCCGAGCGAUAUUACAAGGAGUCAGAGGACCCCAAGAACUUUGUGUCGGAGAAGACUGGUCGGGGGCUGCUGAAGGAGGGCUGGAGAGAGUCUCAGGAGCCAAUCAUGUGUUCCUACAAGUUGGUGGCUGUUAAGUUUGAGGUGUGGGGGCUGCAGAGCCGAGUGGAGCAGUUUGUGCACAAGGUGGUCAGAGACGUCCUACUGAUUGGGCACCGCCAGGCAUUUGGAUGGGUUGAUGAAUGGUACGGUAAGUGACCCUGAUAGCUAGCACAGGAUACCGUUGUGUGACUUUGGGUGGAAGAUGGUAGCAGGGAGCCACUAGGAGGGCAGUUAUCUAGUUAGAUACAGUUGCACACAAGGUUUUCAUCCAUCCUGAAACUGAACCAUUUAAGACCUUCUCCCCCAAAACAGUGACUGUUGCAUCCGUAGGCAACAGUACUGUAAAUGUAAAUGAGCCUUUCAUAUUCAGGGUAACUUAUACCACUUUGUUCCUUUUUAGACUAUAAAACUGACCAUACUGUAAGUGUAGAAUCCCUGCCAAAAAGAAAAACAGGACAGCACUAGCCAUAACAUGGGCAAGGAAAUGAUAAACAUCAGUAUAAUAGAUAGUAUUUGACUUGGUAAGAUCAAUCCCUCCUAUAAUGCCAUCAAGUGGCUGAGUAUUGCUUUACACAUUUACCAGGCAGCACUGCUAAUUAUUGGUUUAUUUGUGCAAACAGUUUGUAACUCUUUCUUUUCCACAGAAUACUUAACAAGAACCCCUUCCUGGCUGCUGUGCCCUCCCAUUAUUUUUCUGCCCUGCUUGGCACUUUCCCUAUAAAAGCAGGUGUCUCUUCUAGCUGCAGUGGGGUUGCUGGGGCAAUUACUUUAAUGCAGUGGGUGCAAAUAUAUGUCAGUACACUGAGUCCAAAGCUUGCAGUCUGAUUGGGACAGCAAUGGAGAAGGAGAGGAUGAUGAGAAGUUUGGCUAAAAGUAUGUCUGAGACACCCUUAAAUGUCUAGGCUACAGUAUUCGUCUUUUCUUUUCUGUACUAUUGCCUUCCAACCACUUCUGCUCUUUUUGCCACUCUCUCAACUGGUUAUUCAGUAUCCUAUAAUACCAAUCCCUACAGCUUUAUCUCCUGUGUCCCACCCACAUCCUAGAUAUAUUAUACUUUAUUCCAUGUGUCCCAUGGACACCCUAAAUCUACUAUAUUCUAUUCCUUGUGUCCCAUCAACACCCUACAUGUAUUAUACUCUAACCCCUCUGUCCCCCCAACACCCUCUAGAUAGUCUUUCCCCUGUGUAACACCUAUGGCUAUUACCUCAUCAACACAUUGGAUAUUGCUUUACAUAGCAUAUGUGUCUUGCAUUGCAACAAAUGCCUAUAGCAGUUGUCUAAUGGUCUACAGAAGAGGUUCCUAAAAUAUAAGGCUAGCCACAUAUCACAUCUGCAGUACUUCUAGUUCCUGAUGGGCGAAUCUGACCCUUUUCGUUAAAAAUGUGCUAAACGGUGAAAAUUCGCUGACAUGCAUUUAAUUCAACAUUUCAAAAUUUUUUUGACCUUUGACAUUUUUUUUCACCCAAUUGAGUCCAUGGCCAUCAUUUUCAUGGUGAAACUUGGUCGAAAACUUUUGCUCAUCACUACUUCUAGUCACAAGCUGCAUAUAGUUGGUCAUUUUUCUUGAAAUAUUCAUAUUCUUCAAUUCAAUUCCCAUCCGGUCAGCACCAUCUGUUUAUUGCCUUUCCUCAAUGUGGAAAUACCAGUGUUACCCAUCCUCUUGGCUUCCCAUGCAGUCUGUACUCCUAUUGACUCCAAGCUUCUUGGCUCCUUAUCUCAGGAAGUCCACAACUGUCCCUUCAUUUUAUUUAACAUUGGUCUCAGUCUGCAUACAGAUUAUUUCCCCUAGGAUAAAAGGGAAUAAAUGCACUGAAUGGGGGUAUUUAAUUUAGGCCACAAUCAGAGCUGAAAGAGACAACUGUGCAAUUGGUCAAGUAAAGAAAUCACAAUAGCAUAGAUAUGUCUAACCUUCAUGAUACAGUAUAGUCCAUGUUAUUUUGUAGGUAAGCACCAAGAGGUAAGUGACAUUUUUGGAAGAACCACCUUGUCCUCUCAGUGAACCCCUAAAGCUGUGGAUCUGUGCUUGCUCCCUGGAGACCUUCCUGCCUGUAACUCACCAGUUACACCCCAUUUAGCUUCUCGCCUGCCUUUCCACCUCUUGUAACAUGGCUCCCAUGGCUGAUUCACACUAACUUGAUGAGCCAAUCUCAUUGAAGCUAGUGGUCACCAUGCUUUUUCUGACUUUUUUUUGUCCUUUUCCUGCCUUUUGGAAAAAUAGACUUCCUGUUCUUUCUUUCAUUAAUUUUUGAAGUCUCUGCGUUACUUGAAAUGCAAAAUCUUGAAUUUUUUCAGAUAUGACAAUGGAUGAUGUCCGAGAAUACGAGACAAAUAUGCAGUACAAAACCAACAUUAAAGUUUGCAAUCAACAUUCAUCUGCAAUGGAUGAAAUAGGCAGUGAUGGCAAAGAAUGCGUAGGUCUCCUCUUCUCCACACAUCUUGCACUUCUCUCCUCUGUACUGACAGCCGUAGUCUGGAGAUCCUGUAGGAAAUACCCCCCCACACUCUUAGAAUCUGCAGUUGUCAAACAAUGUCCUCAGACAAGUUCGUACAUUAAUUUAUCCAACAUCAGGUCAUUAAAUAAGAGUCAUUAUACAGCUUCCACACUGUGGGUUUAGGGUUUUACCUUUAAUAGGCACAAACUGCCAGACGGGCCAGUUCUACUAACUGAACAGCAACGUGCCAAAUGAACUGCAACAUUUCCAUAUGGGAGCUGUCACACCCCCUUAUGUGACAUCCUCAAAUUGUUCCAUGUGAAAGGAAAGGUUUAACUCUGUGUUUACCCAUAAUUGAAGGCAUAUCAUGCUACUGUAUAAGAGCAUAUCACUAUCAUGCAAUAUAUUCUUAUUGCUACAAGUAAAACAGUCAUAUUAUAUUCCAAUCUAAAAUAUAUAUUUGCCCCCCCCUAUUUAUUUUUAUUUUAGCUAGCCUGUAAUUUAUGACAUAUGGUUAGGAACUGCCAUAUUGUUUCCCUUAGACAGUACAGUAUGAGGGUAUAACUUACUAUGUGCUCAGAACAUUUCUUCUCUAUGCAUUUGUAUUCACCUGUGUAUAUUUUUGUUUAUUUGCAUAAGCCCCAUUAUGAACCUUUCCAUGGGUAUAAGUCCAGCAUUGCCCCAGUAUUUACCCAGGUGUACUGUCGGUCUGUUUUCUCUGUACUUCCCCUGUGACCAAUCUCCCUCCAGUGUAUAUCCAAGUACAGAGCCCUGAUUUUCUGUACGUCAUGUUCCGGGGUUGCCUUCUUUCCCAGGGGUCAGCGUUUGUUCCAAGAAACUCACUGCCUAACUAAGGGGAAAAAGAAGAGCAAGAAAUACAGAGAAUCUGAGUUCUGUACCUGGUUGAUUUCUGGAGGAGACUGGAUUCAUGGGCCCAAAGAGAGGUUUCUAGUGAGACUAAUGCUAAUGGGUCAAUGUGCCAUCUGAACUAGGCUUGCCUAUCUGGUGUAUGAGCAUGUUUUGUAUCCAAAGUACAGCUGAUAUGGGUGAAAUGGGUGUGUGGGUUAUAGCAAUGUGAAGAAAGGAUCUCAGGAUCUUUGUGCCCUGUUUUUUUUUUUUAUUACUGUUUCACCUGAUUUCCCUGUUUUUUGACACUCUUGAUUGGUAGACAUGACGAUGGACGAGGUCCGAGAGUUUGAGAGAACCACUCAGGAAGCCACAAAUCGGAAAAUUGGCACUUUCCCUCCAGCCAUAUCGAUUAGCGACAUCACCCUGCCCUCCCAUUCCCAUGGUGGCCAUUCCAGCGCUCCAUCCACACCUCUGACCACUGAUGCUCCCGAAUUUCUCUCUGUCCCCAAGGACCGUCCCCGGAAAAAGUCUGCUCCAGAAACCCUGACUCUGCCGGACCCCUUGCAGAUGUGCCUAAACACUCAGCCGGGCGCCAUGCUCUACAAUAAGCCAUCUCUUGCUAAGCCUGAAUAAACAGCCAUCUCUUGGGGGACAGGGGCCGGGGAAUCUUUAACUCCUUUACUGCCAGGGUGACCGCAGCACUUGACACAACAGUGGGAUUUAACACCUUCUGGCCUUGUCUUGGUGAAGUGACAGUUCCUUUGCUUUGCCUUCUGACAAAUAUCUGAGUGUGGUCUUUUCUGAGUCUCUGUGCUAUUCUUUCUGGGGUGGCUUAGCUUGGUAUCUUUCCUGCAGGCAAAUAAUGAGACCCCAAAUAGAACCUUUCUAGACCCCUUUAUAUUGAGAUCCAGGUAACCCCGGCACUGGGAUAAUAACCCAAUUCCAAUCACUGUGGGCUGCUGCGUGGCUACAAGUGCUGGCCAGUCUCUCCCCCCCCCCAGUUAGAGGGGCUCUAAUAUUUGGUUCCACUCAUUAUCUUGUGUCCAGUAGGGUUUAGUGAGUCCACGGAUCAGGCUGCCCAACUCUGUUGAGUUGAUAAGCAGAGAGAAAUGCUAGGGUCAGUUUGUUUGGCUAAAGGGCAGUAUAUUGGGUGUAUGUUCCCAUACCUACUGAUUAUAUGCACAGUUAUCACCUCACCCACUAAACUGCCCAAUGUGACUGCUUUUUGUUGCUAAGUGGUGCGUCCAGUAUUGCUUUUUACCCCUUCGGAAGAGUCAGCGGUAGAACACUUCAAGCCAAUAAAUGUAAGGGUUUUGGCCUUUAA